AGGUGAACGCUAACCAUGACGCUCCUGUGAAAAGUGGCCAAAGUGUUUGGAGUAAAGCCGCCGGAGACUGCAGGAUCCCAGAUUCAACAUUUCUCGGUCGAAAACUAUUCAUUGAGCACAAGAUGAUGUCUGACGCCAGCGAUAUGUUGGCAGCAGCCUUGGAGCAAAUGGAUGGGAUCAUAGCAGGCUCUAAGGCCAUGGACUACUCCAACGGGCUGUUUGACUGCCAGUCGCCCACUUCACCUUUCUUGGGUGGCCUGCGGGUGCUGCACCUGUUGGAGGACCUGCGGGGAGUGCUGGAGCUCAUGGACAAUGAGGAGAGGGACAACCUGCGGUGUCAGAUCCCUGACUCCACUGCAGAGGGGCUGGCAGAGUGGCUGCAGGGACGAAUGACUAACGGCCACAGCUCAGAAGCAGUCUACCAAGAACGUCUGUCACGACUGGAGAGUGACAAAGAGUGUCUUAUUCUUCAGGUAAGCGUUCUAACAGAUCAGGUGGAGGUGCAAGGUGAAAAGAUCCGAGACCUGGACAACUGCCUGGAUCAUCAUCGGGAGAAACUAAAUGCUACUGAGGAACUGCUGCAACAGGAGUUGCUGAACCGGUCAACACUGGAGACGCAGAAGCUGGAGCUGAUGACCGAGGUGUCCAGUCUAAAACUGAAGCUGACGGCUGUGGAGAGAGAUCACAGGGACAAUGAGGGCAUGUAUCAGGAAGUAACGGACCUGCGGUUCAGGGUGACUGACAUCGAGAAUGAAAGACUGCAGUGUGAGAAGAAACUCAAAGCUACCAAAGAGGAGCUGCAGCUCCUGCAGAAGCAGCUGGAGGAGCGAGAGGCGGAGCUGAGGAGGCUAAAGGAGGAGAGCAGACUGAGGGUGGAGAGCCACAGAGGAGCUGAGGGAGGAGAGAGAGAUACAGAAAUGUUGAAGAUGAAGAUGGUGCUGGAGUCGCUGGCGUCUGCCAACGAUGAGAAGGAACGAAGGAUAAAGGAGCUGGAGGAGUCGCUCACAAAGUGCAAGAAGGUUCAGGAGCUGGUCAAAGAAAAGUUAAAGGAAGACGACUAUGACGAUAUCCCAGAUGAUCCCUCGCUUCCUGCAUCCAUGGAGGUGGAUCAGGUCACCCUGGCGUUGGAGGGGGAGGCAGGAAGGAGCUCCGGCGAGUCUAUUCCAUGUAUAGCGGUGCUCUCUGAAAUGAAUGAUCUGGACAGAGAACGACAGUUACAGGCAACAGAAAGUUCCUCAGAUGUCCCGCAGCCGGGCAGCUCAGCCGGCACUGACCAGGUCAAACCUAAAGCUGGACCCGCUUCCUCAUCUCCUACCAGAACAAGUGAUGACAGUUUUGGUAACAAGAAGGCCCGUUCUUCUUUCGGGCGUGGCUUCUUCAAGCUGCGUGGAGGCAAACAGACAGCCAGCGCUCCAAACCUGGCUGAGACAGAACGUAAAGGCACAGAGCACUUGGACUUGGCCGGUGCUCCUCCACGAAAAUCCCACGAUGGCGCUCCUCUGCCGUCCUCACCCGAAACCAAAAAGAAGUCCAAAGGCUUCAUGAAAUUCUUUGGCAGAUUGAAAAGGAGUCACUCCACCUCCUUCAACCUGGAUGAUGCAGCAGAGAUGGAGUUCAGGAGGGGAGGAGUCAGAGCCACAGCCGGCCCUCGACUCGGCUGGUCACGUGAACCAAAACACAAUGCUGUCGAUGUUCCGUUCUCACGGUGGAGUAAAGAUGACGUUUGUGCGUGGCUGCAUGAGCAGGGCCUCGGGUUGUAUGUUGCCCAGGGUCAGAGCUGGAUCAAGUCAGGACAAACACUACUGCGGGCGUCACAGCAUGAUCUGGAGAAGGAGUUGUGCAUGAAACAGCCGCUCCACAGGAAGAAGUUGCAGCUGGCUCUGCAGGCUCUCGGGUCAGAGGACGAUCUGAAGGGCAGACUGGACCACAACUGGGUGACCAGGUGGCUGGACGACAUCGGCCUCCCGCAGUACAAGAGUCACUUUGACGAGGCUCGUGUUGACGGGCGCAUGCUGCACUACAUGACAGUGGAGGACCUGCUGUCUCUGAAGGUGGGAAGUGUUCUCCAUCACCUCAGCAUCAAGAGGGCAAUUCAGGUCCUCCGCCUCAACUGCUACGAACCCAACUGCCUCAGGCGACGACCCUCCGAUGAGAAUAAUAUCACACCAGCAGAGAUCUCCCAGUGGACCAACCACAGAGUGAUGGAGUGGCUCCGCUCUGUGGAUUUGGCCGAAUACGCUCCCAAUCUGAGGGGCAGCGGCGUUCACGGAGGACUGAUGGUGUUGGAGCCCCGCUUCAACGUGGAAGCACUCGCCCUUCUGCUCAACAUUCCCCCCAACAAAACCCUGCUGAGACGCCACCUGGCAACACAUUUCCACCUGCUCAUCGGCUCCGAGGCGCAGCGGCUCAAGCAGGACUGUCUGGAAAACCCAGACUACACCGUCCUCACCGCCACUGCCAAGGUCAAGCCGAGACGCCUGUCAUUUGGAGGCUUUGGCACUUUGAGGAAAAAACGUCAGGAUGAUGGCGAGGAGUACGUCUGCCCCAUGAACGUGGAAAUGCCGAAGAGCAGCAGCUUCCAGAGGGGAGUCCGAAUCUACGAGGGACAGCUCGACCACCUGGAACAGAUGGAGGACUCCGAAGGGACUGUGAGACAGAUAGGAGCAUUUUCUGAGGAAAUCAACAACCUAACGAGCAUGCUGAAGGAGGACGAGUUCUUUCAGGAAAUCUCCGUAGACACAGCAGAAACUGAUCACAACGUUGGCGUGUGACUGAGACUGUGAAAAAAGAAGAAACUGUGCCAUCUACAACCCUCCUCCCACCGAGCUUUGUAGAACAUGUGAGACCUCCACUUUUACAGUAUUUUUAUCUUUCAGACGUACAGCCAUAGCUUUCAUGACCAUAUAUAUUUAUUGAAGCAGAAUAUAAUGCAUGAACUGAAAGUGCAAGAUUUCAUUUCGUACCUCUCCUUAUUCAAGCUUUUGUAUUUUCAGUAAUCAGUGAGGUUAGCAUGAUUGCUAGUUUUUAUUUUUAUUUGUUUUUAGUGUAGUACUCAAGUUUUUAUGUCCCUCAGCUGCAGUCCGAAUCAUCUUUGUCUGUAGUACGUUACGUUCCUUUGUGUUAUCUUUUACAGUGAGUUCAUUUUAGGUACCGCAAACAUUCACCCAUUAACUUUAGUGAUAUCGAGCCGGACUGUUUUACUUUCCCAGAUUUUUGGAUCUCUGUAGAUUUCUGCCUCCUCUCCAGUUCAAUGGAGAAAACUGGGAUUUUGUUUGUGGUGCUCACAUCACAUAACAUUUACAUUUUUACUGUUUUUGUUGCAGUGCAUCUUUUGAGAAGGAAAUCUCAGAGGCAGAUAUCUUACAACUUGAACCAAAAAAAAACUGCACGGCUAGGUACCACUAAAGGAAAUGAGAAAAUGUUUUUAAAAGAAUGAUCAAGCAUUUUAAGAAAACACAUUUGCUUUCUUUCCAAGGAUUAGGUGAGGGGAUCAGGCUACAGCCAGGAGGUUAUUAGCUUGGCAUGAAAACUCACUAGUUAACACAAAUCUCUCUGAAAAAAAAAACAAAAACUCGCUGUUCACCACAAAAGUUAAUUCUCCCUAAAACAACAAAUUGACCAAAUAAGAUGUUUGAAACUUUCCUCUCUGCUGCCAGUCUUUAUGCAGCGCUAAUAAAGUCCUGGCUUUAGCUCUUUAUUUACCAAGCGGUAAUGAUUCUGUCAUCUAUUUCUGGCAUUAAAGCGUUCUCCUUACUUUUUAAGAAAUGGCAUGACUGCAAGCAAACAUGGAAACCAAAGUCUUUCUUUUUAAAUUUUUGGUAAUAAAAACCACGAAAAUGCAUUUUCUUUGUCAGCUCAAUUAACAGUGACAGUUCAGCCACAUAAUUGAUCUGUUUGAUUUGGGGGUGAAAUGUCCUUUAAGCAGCUCAACAUUGUUGUGAUCAGACACUUGUAAAUGAGGAUGAUUCACAGGUUUGACAAUGAGUCCACCAAAGUACAAAAUAAAAAUCAAAGCAUAAAGAA